CAGGGACCUGACCAUAGUCUUUCGUUGCCCCCUAUUUGGCUUCCACGAGGCCUCUUCGCUUCUCUUUUAUUUAUUUUUCCCUGGUGGGCUCGCUUCCAUCGCUUGCGGGUUGCGUACUGCCCUCCUUUUCACGAACAGAACAAGCACUGCAGGCCCAAUUUGCUUCAAUAUGAGAUUCGUCUACGCCUCUGCUCUACUGUGCGCCGUCGCCGUCGAGGCCGCCCAGCAUAACCACGGCCGUCAGCACCACCACCGUCACCACGGGAGGACGGAUGUGCAUGCGAAGAGGGGCUCGUCCUGCGCGUUUCCUACCGAUGCUGGCCUGGUAGCCAUCACGCCGGGUGAAAAGAACGGCGGCUGGGCCAUGAGCCCUGACCAGUCGUGCGAGCCCGGCAAUUAUUGUCCGUAUGCUUGUCCUCCCGGCCAGGUGUCGAUGCAGUGGGACCCGGAUGCGACAUCGUACUCGUACCCGAUGUCCAUGAAUGGCGGUCUAUACUGCAAUGAGGACGGGGAGAUCGAGAAGCCGUUCCCUGACAAGCCGUACUGUAGAGAUGGUACCGGGGCCGUCGAGGCCGUCAACAAGUGCGGUGAUGUCGUUUCGUUCUGUCAGACUGUGCUGCCGGGUAACGAGGCCAUGUUGAUUCCCACCUUGGUUGAGGAGGUGUCCACUCUUGCGGUGCCGGAUCUCAGCUACUGGUGCGAGACCGCUGCCCACUUCUACAUUAACCCGCCUGGAAAGGAUCCCGAAACGGCUUGUGUUUGGGGUACUUCGUCAAACCCCUGGGGUAACUGGGCUGCGUAUGUUGCGGGAGCCAACACUGACGGCGACGGAAACACCUUUGUCAAGAUCGGAUGGAACCCAAUUUACCUGGAAGACACAACUCCGUUCCGGAGCACGCGGCCUGAUUUUGGUGUCGAGAUUGAGUGCGAUGGUGACGGCUGUAACGGUCUUCCGUGCAAGAUUGAUCCGGCCGAGAACGACGUCAAUGAGGUGACCGGCUCUUCGUCGGACGGCGCAGGAGGCGCCAACUUCUGCGUGGUUACUGUUCCCAAGGGCGAAAAGGCCAGGCUUGUUGUCUUUGACAGCUCAAGCGGCAGCGGCAGCGAUGACGAGGACGACGACGAGGAAGAAGAAACCUCUAGCUCUGCAGCCCCUAGUUCCACGUCCACAAGCACCAGCACCAGCACCUCGUCCUCGACUUCCUCGAGCAGCUCGUCGACCAUGUCAACCAUGAGCACAACAACCAGCACGAGCACCAAAUCCCAGUCCUACUCAUCCACCGAGUCUGUCGGCGCCUCAAGCUCCUCUCACGGUACCCCUUCAGGCUCUAGCAGCGCCGGCUGGCCUGACUAUACCUACAGGCCGCAUGUACUUGUGGAGACCGGCGACGGCAACGAGUUUGCCUCGUCCACUAGCGAAGCGGAAGAAGAAACUCCAAGCCCGACGUCGGGCGCGCAAAAAACCAGCCACAAUGCAAUGAUGGCGCUGUUCACCGUUGUUGCGAUGGCAGCAUUUACAUUCUAGCAAAUUACUCCGCAGGGUACAUAUAUACCAAGCUGCAUAUAACGC